AUGGUCCCGUCCAGGCUCACCGGGGCGCUGCUGGUGCUGGCCUUCACCAUGUCAGUUUCUCUUUCAGGAGACUUUGAAAAUGGCCAGCGAGUGGGUCUGUCUGUGUAUCUCGGGGAGUAUUUUGACCUUCAUUUGUUUGCCAAUGGAACCAUGAAGGAAGGAGAGCAAAAUGUCUCUGUGCCGUACGCCUCCCACGGGCUGUAUCUGGAAACGCAGGCGGGGUACUACAGGCUAUCCAGCGAGACCUACGGCUUCGUGGCCCGGAUGGACACGAGUGGCAAUUUCCAGGUGCAGUUUUCAGACCGACUGUUCAACAAGACGUGCGGGCUGUGCGGCGACUUCAACGUCUUCGCUGAAGACGACUUCAGGACCCAAGAGGGCAUCUUGACCUCCGACCCCUAUGACUUUGCCAACUCCUGGGCCCUGAGCGGCGAAGAGCAGCGGUGUCCGCGCGCAUCCCCUCCCAGCAUGCUUUGCAACAGCUCUUCUGUGGAGAUGCCAAAGGCCCCGUGGGAGCAGUGCCAGCUGCUCACGAGCUCCUCGGCCUUCGCACGCUGCCGCCCGUGGCUGGACCCCGAGCCCUUCGUGGCCCUGUGUGAGCAGACGCUGUGCGCGUGCUCGCGGGGCCCGGCGUGCGCGUGCCCCGCCCUGCUGGAGUACGCCCGCGCCUGUGCCCACCAGGGCCUGGUGCUGGACGGCUGGACGGAGCUCAGCGUCUGCCGCCCGGCGUGCCCCGCGGGUAUGGAGUACAAGGAGUGUGUGUCGCCGUGUGCCAGCACCUGCCACGGCCUGCCCGUGCGCGAGACGUGCCCCGAGACAUGCGUGGACGGCUGCAGCUGCCCAGAGGGGCAGCUCCUGGACGAAGGCCGCUGCGUGCAGCCUGCCCAGUGCUCCUGUGUGCAUGCCGGGAAGCGGCACCCACCGGGGUCCUCCGUCCCCCAGGACUGCAACACCUGCAUUUGCAGGAAAGGCGUGUGGAUUUGUAGCAAUGAAGAAUGCCCAGGAGAAUGUCUUGUCACGGGCCAGGGUCACUUCAAGAGCUUCGAUAACAGACACUUCACCUUCAGUGGCAUCUGCCAGUAUCAGUUGGCCAAGGACUGCCUGGACCACUCUUUCUCCGUUGUCAUAGAGACCAUGCAGUGUGCGGACGACGUGGACGCUGUGUGUACCCGCUCGGUCACUGUGCGGCUGCCUGCCCCCCACAACAGCCUCGUGAAGCUGAAGCACGGGGGAGAGGUCACCAUGGAUAACCUAGACAUCCAGCUCCCCCUCCUGCAAGGGGACCUCAGGAUCCAGCACACCGUGAUGCCCUCCGUGCGUCUCAGCUUUGGGGAGGACAUGGAAUUGGACUGGGAUGGCCGGGGCAGGCUUCUGUUGAAGCUGUCCCCGGUUUACUGGGGGAGGACCUGCGGCUUGUGCGGGAACUACAACGGAAACCAGGGCGAUGAUUUCCUCACGCCCGCCGGCCUGGUGGAGCCCCUAGUGGCCGACUUCGGCAACUCCUGGAAGCUCCAGGCCGACUGCCAGGACCUGGAGAGUCAGGACAGACACCCCUGCAGCCUCAACCCGCGCCUGGCCAGGUUUGCGGAGGAGGCCUGCGGGGUCCUGAUGUCGUCCGUGUUCGAGGCCUGCCACCCCGCCAUCAGCCCCCGGCCCUAUGUGAGGAACUGCCAGUAUGACGUGUGCGCAUGCUCCGACGGCCACGAGUGUCUGUGCGCCUCCGUGGCCAGCUACGCCCAGGCCUGCGCGCGCAGGGGCGUGGUCAUCCCCUGGCGCCAGCCCGGCUUCUGCGGUGGGUUCGAAACCCGCCCGAACUCCCCCGUCCUUUCCAGAGCAGUCCCUUUCCCUUUUCAGUCUCUGCGUGCCCCCGUGUCCCCCGUGUCCCCAGCAUCCCCCCGUGUCCCCGUGUCCCCCAUGUUCCCGUGUCCCCUGUGUCCCGUGUCCCCGUGUCCCAUGUCCCCAUGUUCCCGUGUUCCCCGUGUCCUCGUGUGUCCCCCGUGUCCUGUGUCCCCUGUGUCCCGUGUCCCAUGUCCCGUAUCCCCGUGUCCCGUGUCCCCAUGUCCCGUGUCCCGUGUCCCCAUGUCCCGUGUCCCCAUGUCCCGUGUCCCAUGUCCCGUGUCCCCGUGUCCCCCGUGUCCUGUGUCCCCAUGUCCCGUGUCCCGUGUCCCCCGUGUCCCGUGUUCCGUGUCCCCCAUGUCUGUGUUCCCCCGUGUCCCCGUGUCCCCCGUGUCCCGUGUCCCCAUGUCCUGUGUCCCCUACUGUGCUGAGGGCCGCAUGCACUGCACAGCCAGAGCCGGCCCUGGGGCCCUUGCGCUCAACACUGGCCUGGGCAGCGCCCUGUCCCACCGCGGCAAAAGGAGCCUCUCGUGCCGGCCCCCGAUGGUCAAGCUGGUGUGUCCCGCCGACAACCCACACGCCCAAGGAAUCGAGUGUGCCAAGACGUGCCAAAACUACGACCUGGAGUGCAUGAGCCCGGGCUGCGUGUCCGGCUGCCUCUGUCCCCUGGGCAUGGUCCGCCAUGACAAUCGGUGUGUGGCCCUGGAGAGGUGUCCCUGCUUCCACCAGGGCAGAGAGUACGCACCAGGGGAGACGGUAAAGAUGGACUGCAACACGUGUGUUUGUCGGGACCGGAAGUGGAACUGCACAGACCACGUGUGUGACGCCACGUGUUCCGUGCUGGGCGUGGCCCACUACAUCACCUUCGAUGGGCUCAAGUAUCUGUUCCCUGGGGAGUGCCAGUACGUCCUGGUGCAGGACCAUUGCGAUGGGAGCCCAGGCACCUUCCGCGUGCUGGUGGGGAAUGAGGGGUGCGGUCCCCCCGCAGUGGCCUGCCAGAAGCGGGUGACCAUCCUGGCAGAAGGAGGCGAGGUGGAGCUGCUCGGCGGGGAGGUGAGCGUGAAGAGGCCCCUGGAGGAUGAGUCGCUCUUGGAGGUGGUGGAGUCUGGUCGCUACCUCAUUGUGCUCCUGGGCCGGACCCUUUCUGUGGUGUGGGACCGGCACCGGAGUCUCUCCGUGGUGCUCAAACAGACCUUCCAGGGGCGCGUGUGUGGUCUAUGCGGGAAUUUCGACGGGGUUCAGAACAACGACCUCACCAGCAGCAGCCUCCGGGUGGAGGAGGACCCUGUGGACUUUGGCAACUCCUGGAAAGUGAGCGCGCAGUGCGCCGACGCACGCAAGGCCCCCCUGGGCAUGGCCCCGACGCUGUGCGGCGGUGACCUGGACAGGCAGUCGGUGGCCGAUUCCUCCUGCAGGAUUCUCACCAGUGACCUCUUCCACGCCUGCAACCAGCUGGUGGACCCCGAGCCGUACCUGGACGUCUGCGUUUACGACACGUGCUCCUGCGAGUCGGUGGGGGACUGCGCCUGCUUCUGCGACACCAUCGCUGCCUACGCCCACGCCUGUGCCCAGCAGGGCCAGGUGGUGGCCUGGAGGACGCCCACACUGUGCCCUCAGAGCUGCGAAGACAGGAACGCUCGCGAGAACGGCUACGAGUGUGAAUGGCGGUACAACAGCUGCGCGCCGGCCUGCCCCAUCACCUGCCAGCACCCUGAACCCCUGGCCUGCCCUGUGCAGUGUGUGGAGGGCUGUCAUGCACACUGCCCUCCGGGUAAGGCCUGGCCGGGCCGGGAGAGGGAGGAGGGCGAGGGUCACUGUGACGGUGCCAACCUCACUUGUGAGGCCUGCCUGCACCCCAGAGGCCUGGCGGGGCCCCCCACGGAGGCCCCAGCCGCUACCCCGACCCCGGACGUGGAGGACACGCCAGAGCCCCCGCUGCACGACUUCUACUGCAGCAAGCUCCUGGACCUGGUGUUCCUGCUGGACGGCUCGGCCAAGCUGUCGGAGGCCGAGUUUGAGGAGCUCAAGGGCUUCGUGGUGAGCGUGAUGGAGCGGCUGCACAUCUCGCAGAAGCGGAUCCGCGUGGCCCUGGUGGAGUUCCACGACGGCUCGCACGCCUACCUCGAGCUCAGGGCCCGCCGGCGGCCGUCGGAGCUGCGGCGUGUGGCCAGCCACGUGAAGUACGUGGGCAGCCAGGUGGCGUCCACCAGCGAGGUGAUGAAAUACACGCUCUUCCAGAUCUUCGGGCAAAUCGAUCGGCCCGAGGCCUUGCGCGUCACGCUGCUCCUGACCGCCAGCCAGGAGCCGCCCCGCCUGGCCCGCAACCUGGUCCGCUACGUCCAGGGCCUGAAGAAGAAGAAGGUGGUGGUGAUCCCCGUGGGCAUCGGGCCCCAUGCCAACCUGCGCCAGAUCCGCCUCAUCGAGAAGCAGGCCCCCGAGAACAAGGCGUUUGUGCUCAGCGGGGUGGGCGAGCUGGCGCAGAGGAGGGACGACAUCAUCAGUUACAUCUGCGACCUGGCCCCCGAGCCCCUGCCCCCCACCCAGCCUCCGCCCCAGGCCCAGAUCACCACGGCCAGCCCGGAGAUCUCGGGGAGCCCCUCCCCAGGAUCCCACAGGAAGCCCCUGGUCCUCGACGUGGUGUUCGUCUUGGAGGGCUCGGACCAAGUCGGCGAGGAGAACUUCCAGAAGAGCAAGGAGUUUGUGCAGGAGGUGGUGGGCAGCCUGGCCGUGGGCCCCGACGGCGUGCACGUGUCAGUGCUGCAGUACUCGAACUCGGUGAUGGCUGAGUACUCCUUCAACCACACCCAGACCGCGGACGAGGUCCUGCACAGGCUGCGGGAGAUCCCGUACCGGGGCGGCAACCGCACCAACACCGGCCUGGCCCUCGAGUACCUGGCCAGCCGCAGCUUCUCCCCCGGCCACGGCGACCGCGAGCAGGCCCCGAACCUGGUCUACAUGGUCACGGGGAACCCCGCGUCCGACGAGAUCCGGCGGCUCCCUGGAGACAUCCAGGUGAUCCCCAUCGGCGUGGGCCCCCAUGCCGACGUGCACGAGCUGGAGAAGGUGGGCUACCCCAAUGCCCCCAUCCUCAUCCAGGACUUCCAGAAACUUCCACGGGAGGCUCCUGACCUGGUGCUCCAGAGGCUGCAGCUCCCCAUGCUGCCCCCUCCCCUGGGGUCGGUUGGAAUCUGCGUGGAUGAGGACGGCAAUGAGAGGCGGCCUGGGGACGUGUGGACUCUCCCGGAUCGGUGCCACACGGUGACCUGUCAGCCCGACGGCCAGACCUUGCUGACUAGCCACCGGGUCAACUGUGACCGGGGCCCCCGGCCUUCGUGUCCCAACAGCCAGUCCCCGGUGCGGGUGGAGGAGACCUGUGGGUGUCGCUGGACCUGCCCCUGUGUGUGCACGGGCAGCGCCACCCGCCACCUCGUGACCUUCGACGGGCAGAACUUCCAGCUGACCGGCAGCUGCGCCUACGUGCUCUUCCAAAGCAAGGAACAGGGCCUGGAGGUGAUCGCCCGCAACGGGGCCUGCGGCCCGGCGCCCAGACAGAUGUGUGUGAAAUCCAUCGAGGUGAAACAUGGCGGCAUCUCGCUUGAGCUCCACGACGACAUGGAGGUGUCGGUGGACGGGAGACUGGUUCCAGCCCCGUACGUGGGUGACCACGUGGAGGUCAGCAUCUACGGUGCCAUUAUGUACGAGGUCAGAUUCAACCAGCUGGGCCACAUCCUCACAUUCACCCCUCAGAAUAACGAGUUCCAGCUGCAGCUCAGCCCGAAGACCUAUGCUUCGAAGACGUACGGUCUCUGUGGGAUCUGUGAUGGGAACGCGGCCAAUGACUUCGUGCUGAAAGAUGGCAGCGUCACCACAGACUGGAAGGGGCUGGUCGAGGAGUGGGCCGUGCAGCAGCCGGGGUACCCCACCUGCCACCCCGUCCCCGAGGACGCGUGUCCCGUCUCGGAUGGCUCCCGCUGCCAGCUCCUUCUCUCGCCGCUGUUCGCCGAGUGCCACCAGGUCCUCGCCCCCGCCACGUUCCAUGCCAUCUGCCAGCAGGACAGUUGCCACCAGGAGCGGGUGUGCGAGGUGAUCGCCUCCUACGCCCACCUCUGUCGCAGCCAUGGUGUCUGUGUCGAUUGGAGGACAGCCGACUUCUGUGCUAUGUCCUGUCCGCCAUCGAAGGUGUACAAGCACUGCGAACACAGCUGUCCCCGGCACUGUGACGGGAACUCCUCCUCCUCCUCCUGUGGCGACCAUCCUGCAGAAGGCUGCUUCUGUCCCCCGAACCAGGCCGUGCUGGAUGGCAGCUGCGUCCCCGAGGAGGCCUGCACGCAGUGCGUGGGGCAGGACGGAGUCCGCCACCAGUUCCUGGAGACCUGGGUCCCAGACCAUCAGCCCUGUCAGAUCUGCAUGUGUCUCAGUGGGCGGGAAAUCAACUGCACAUCCCGGCCUUGCCCCACGGCUAGAGCUCCCACGUGUGGUGCUUGCGAAGUGGCCCGCCUGCGCCACCACCCCAGCCAGUGCUGCCCGGAGUAUGAGUGUGUGUGUGACCUGGUGACCUGCGACGUGCCCCCCAUGCCUGCCUGUGAGGGGGGGCUCCAGCCGGUCCUGACCAACCCUGGGGAGUGCAGGCCCAGCUUCGCCUGUGCCUGCAAGAAGGAGGCCUGCGGGAGCCCCACGCCCCCCUCCUGCCCGCCCCACCGCACCCCCGUGCUGCGGAGCACGCGGUGCUGCGACCAGUACGAGUGCGCAGCAACAUGUGUCUCUUCCACUGCAGCGUCCCCCACGGGGGAGACCUGUGAAGCGGCUCGUUCACUCACGGAGCCUCUGUGUCUCCAGGUGUGUGUCCACCGAGGCACCGUGUACCCCGUGGGCCAGGUCUGGGAGGAGGGCUGCACGCUGUGCACGUGCACGGAUGCAGAGGACGUGGUGACGGGCCUGCGCACGGCCUGGUGCUCCCCGAAGCCCUGCGAGGACGAGGACGGCUGCCGGCCCGGCUUCUCCUACGUCCUCCAUGAAGGUGACUGCUGUGGGCGCUGCCUGCCGUCCGCCUGCGAGGUGAUGGACGGCUCCCCGCGGGGCGACGCGCAGUCUUCCUGGAAGAGCGUCGGUACUCGCUGGGCCGCCCAGGAGAACCCGUGCCUCAUCAACCAGUGUGUCCGCGUGAACGAGGAGGUCUUCGUGCAGCAGAGCAACGUGUCCUGCCCCCCGCUGGACGUCCCCACCUGCCCCACGGGCUUCCAGCUGAGCUGUGAGACCUCAGCCUGCUGCCCCAGCUGCCGCUGUGAGCCCAUGGAGGCCUGCGUGCUCAACAGCACCAUCAUCGGGCCGGGGAAGAGCGUAAUGGUGGAUGUGUGCACCACCUGCCAUUGUUCCACGCAGCCGGGGGCUGUCCGGGGCUUCAAGCUGGAGUGCACGAAGACCACCUGUGAGGCCUGCCCCCCGGGUUACCUGGAGGAGAAGGGCCAGGGGGAGUGCUGUGGACGGUGUCGGCCCUCGGCCUGCACCAUCCGGCUGCGAGGAGGACAGGUCCUGGCGCUGAAGCGGGACGAGACCGUCCAGGACGGCUGCGACAGCCACUUCUGCAGAGUCAACGAGCGGGGGGAGUUCAUCUGGGAGAAGAGGGUCACCAGAUGCCCGCCCUUCGACGAGCACCGAUGCCUGGCAGAGGGCGGGAAGAUCAUGAAAAUCCCAGGGACCUGCUGUGACACUUGCGAGGAGGUGGACUGUCGGGACGUCACGGCCAGCGUGAAGUACAUCAAAGUGGGAGACUGCAAGUCUCAGGAUGAAGUGGACAUCCAUUACUGCCAGGUGGGGCUCCGAGGCUCCAGGAGAUGGAAUUAG